UUCUUUUCAUGCCCCCGCUAAAAAAGGCACUAGCCCGUCGGACUACCGACAAGUAAGAACUUCUAGUCCUCCCACUAAAACCACUAGCCUCGGGCUAGUGGACUACCGCUAAUUUCGACCACUGAUCAUAUAUAGGUUAGGUUGUGACCUACUGUGAUGUGUGAUGUGGUAUGUGGGUAUGGCCGUUAAGUGUUGGAGGGCCCUUUGCUCACUAUGUGGUGCAUGCGUUCGAACAAUAACGGCCCAACGCAGUUCGGGUCUGACCGCAGAGCGAGGCUUAGUGAGCCGCCCCGCUUCCCUGUGGUGCGGUUUUGCGUUUUCCAAUUAGCGGCCUCGACGAGGAGAGACCUGAUUAGGCUGAGGCACCUCGGGCCUGGAUCGUCACAAUCAGGUGGACUGGAGUACCGCAAAACCUGAUCGAUACCCUCCUUGAAUAGAGAGAACCGGAGUACCGCAUCUCCCAGAUCAAAACGGCCUCUAUAGAUCAGGUGGACCGGAGUACCGCGAAGCCUUUGAUCUCUGAUGACCACUACCAGGAUUGAUCAGGCUGAGAGUGCGGUUCCGUAAUAAUGCCCUUGAUCACUGAUGACUUCCACCCACCUACCCACCACAGAGCCAAGCCUGCUGGUCUUCUGCCGUUGUCUUUUAUGCCCACUCCCGGCGCUGCGACCGGCGGCUGCUGUGCGGCCAAGCAGUCCGGGGGCCCGAGGUGAUGGGCCCUGAGGCUACACCUAUUCAUCGGGUUGAGCGGAUUUUCCGCAUCAAUGCCUUUGAUCACUAUCAUUGGGAGUAAUGUGCCGUCCCUUCCUUUAAUGCUGCUGCAGGUUCCUGGCAUUCUUAUUACAUCCCCGAAGAGCCCUGCCGACUGAUGGCUCAGUGGGGCCUGCGGGGCGAUAGUCAGCCGUCUGCCCUGGGCCUUUCACUGGCCCUUGCUCACCGGGCGACAUCCGAUUGGAAGUCGGCCCAGUCAACACCCUCCAGGCUGACAGCGGGCUCCACAGCAGGAUCGCCAAGCUCCCCCGCUUCAGUCCGUUCGGUCGCUUCGGCGAGCCUACAACCCUGCAUGUUGUCCAGCCUCCUGUUGCCUUGGACAAUGGUGCCCCUUCUAGACUGUUACGUCGCUGGGGUUUCCGUCCGCCAAAGCUCAUCCGCAGCUCCAACCUGCAGGUGGAUUCCGGUCAUGAGCCUUCUGAUCUUGAUCUCGGACGUACUUCGCAAGAGACGACCGACCGGAUUUUUGCCCAGCCCUUCCUCCACCCGUGCCGGCCUCCAGUUCCCAUGCUUCCACUAAUUCCAAGAAGCGCAAGGCCAAGUCAUCCUCCUCGGCUUCUUCCUCGUCCAAGACCAAGAAGAGACACCAUUCCCAGCCGGAUCCGCCUCCAUGGAUGGCGACUCUCCAGUCUCUUUCGGAGCCCUUCUUGUCGCUCACCCGCAAGAUAGACUCUGAGCCUCAGCCAGUGGCGAAGGCACCUGAUCCGGAUCCUCUUCCGGCUGUUCUGCCUCCUACUCACAGGCCUCCUUCUGUUGCCUCGGACCAAGCCUAGACUCAUGCCGGACCAAGCCUCGACUCAUGGCGAUCCGCCUCCCUCUGAACUUGUCCUUCAACCCUACUCUUUUGAGGAUGAUGACAUCGACUCGUUGGCUGGUCUGACUCAAUUGGAAGGCCGCCUCCGCCUCCUUCAACGCAACAUGAUCCAUGUUCUGGGGCUCCUGUCAUUGGAUCCUGCACCGACAGAACAUGAAUGUGCUUCAUCCAAGUGCCACCCUUUAUGACUUGAGUCAGCUGAGCCAAUCUUCCCAGAGAUUCCGCUGGACCGUUCUUGUGUGGAAAUGAUGAAUGCCCUGGCAAAGGAUAAACACUGGCGCGCAUUCCCGCCCAGAGCUUCAUCUUAUUACUGGUUUCCUCGGGAGGAUAUCUCUCGCUUCCUGUCAACCACAGAUAUUCCUGACGCUGCAAGAGACAAGAUGUCGUUCGAUUCCGGCAAGGCGAAAACCUUCCAGGAUCCAACGCGAUGUACACCAUGGAUAUCCCCUAUGGGUCCGUCAAGAAUAGGCUUAUGGGCCUCCCCCUCUGGGGGACGAUCUCUUUGCUGGGAAGUUCACUGAAGUCCUUGAGUUGGAGGUAAAAUGUAUGGAGACUGCUAAGAAAAUCUCACUUCGUGAACCAGCACCUCUACACCAUCAUCGGUCAUCGGCCCCGCAGCGAGCUCCUCCUACAUCGGCUCCCAGAAGUUUUCAGUCAUGCCCUCCCGGCCGUGGUUCUUCACACCAUGACCCCGGUCCUAUCGGGGAACGGGGUUGGUGACUUCUUCCGUUUGCCUUUGGCGGCCGCCGAUCCCCAACCCGUCGGCGGCCGCCUGGGUAACUUCAGCAGGUUCUGGUGGGAAAUCACCGCGGACAGCUGGGUCCUCUCCACCAUUGCUCUUGGCUACUCCCUCGAGUUCACAAACUCCCCGCCGUCCGGGAUGGUCUUCCGCUCCACUCCUCCUCCAUGCGACAAACUCAAGUUCUGGAGGAGAUUGCAGCAUUGUUACACAAAGGAGCCAUCACACUGGUGCAUCCGAACCAGCUAUCCACCGGCUUCCUUUCGUCUUUUUCCUCGCACCCAAAAAAGACCCGGGAAAAUGGCGACCAAUAAUCAACCUGAAACCGCUCAACAAGUUCAUCAGGCCAAGGGGGUUUUAAAUGGAGACUCUGAGCAUGGUCCUACCCUCUCUACCUAUUCCGUGCUGGGCCACCUCAAUAGAUCUACGGAUGCGCUGCCCCAACGAAGCAAGUUCUGCCACUUCUCUCACCCUCGAGGCCACGACACGUCUAGGGUUCCUCAUCAAUUACGACAAGUCGGCCCUCGAUCCAUCACAACGGCUGACCUACCUGGUGGCAGCUCUCGAUCUUCUCAACGGUGUUGCGACUCCGUCACCGGAACGCAUCCUAAAUCUGCAAUAAUGUGCCCUUUUGUUCCUGCGCUCCAAGGCUCUUCCGGCGCUGGCCUGGCUCCGCUUCCUUCUCAGAUUUAUGGCCAGCCUCGUCAACCUUGUUCACUGGUGUCGACUGCGAAUGCGGCCACUUCAACUUCAUCUCCUGUCUCAGUAUCGCCCCAAGAUCGAUCCGAUUUCUACCUUGACGAAGAAUAUCACAAGGUCCUGGUUGUUCUUCAGAGAUGUCUCCUUGGUGGACAUUUGCCAGGCGACUUGUUGGAAAUCUCCUUCCACCUUCACUGAGUGCUACCUGAAGGAUGUCCUGCGGAGUGAGAUGACUCAUGGCACAGCAACCCUACGCUCAGCGAUUGGGACAGCAUCCAGCACUGUCCCUCACCAAACAAAGAAUUCCUCAUCGUAGAUGCUAUUCCUUUGUUCUAGAAUAGUGAAUGUUCGCUUGAAUAGCGCCCGCCUAUGUUCUCUUGUAAUUACUCUCCCAUCGCCGACCCUCCUUCAGGGUACGGUGCUUCUCUGCAUAUGUAGGCUGGAUAGGGGUAUGUGAACGCAGGAGACUCCUCCUCAACAUUAGUGUGGGUCAGGUGUCCUAGUGAUACUUACCCUGUCCAGCAGCUCCCGCCCGUCCUUCUCCACUUUGGCUCCGGGGAACUUCUCUGCUUCGAAAAGAAGGACGAACAUGGUGGCGGGACAGCAUUGCAUUAUGCUGGGUCAGGGGGCAGCAUGCAUAAUCAUUUCUUUUCAGCGAAUUGUAAUAGCCACUUGGGAAAUUUGCAUAUGUAGGCUGGACAGGGGUAAGUAUCACUAGAAGACCCAUCCCACACUAAUGUGGGGAGGAAUUUAGAGGUCAUUCUUGGUGGAUAAAUUCAUUUUGUGCCCAGUACUGGGUAACAUCUAUAGGGAGCCAUAGCAUAGUACUGUUUAUAAAUUUGGGAAAGUUUUC